AGACAUUCAGACGAAUCAGUGCAUAAGAAUAUUUUAAGAAGACAAAAGCAGAAAACAAUAAUAUGAAAACAAUGUGUGUGGGGGUGGGGGUAUUGGCAAGGCAUCGACGUCAUCUCGUGUCUGACUAGUUUCUUAAUCUUUAACCAACUUCCAUCUGGAAGUUGAAGUUGAAAGCACAGUGUGAAAGACACAUGAUUGGUUGGUUUGUCUCGUGCAUCAUCAGGCAUUUAAAUUUCUUUACAGCGUUACCCCAACCCAUUGCUUGAUGACUGGAAAUGUUUAUAGUUUGGAGCCAACUUUCAGCGCCAUUCAUAACUUCAUUUUCUACAAAUCCACACGUGAGGCCUCUUGAAUAUCAUUCUAAUCCGCCGAAGUUGCUUUGAUAUCUUAGAAGUAUCUUGCGCAUGUCUUAGUGAUCUUGAUAUCUGUUAUCUUGGAUAUUUUCAUCUCGGAGAGUUUCAUCUUGAAGAAUUUCAUCACCAGUCUUAGAACAUCCGCUAAUCACAACAUCCUUGAUAGAGUUUGCGCGCAUUGGACCUAUCGAUUGACACAUAAUUGAAGCAAAAAGGUGUGAAAGCGAAAGACAACUUCACAAAAUGAGGCGGUAUAAUCAACAAGUCUUUGCCAUCAUAUCGAUUUGGACAUUUUGUGGAAUACAGCUUGCAGAUGGUGGUGUGUGCUGGAGUUCUCCCACGAACGGCAACCCGUGCUCCCAGCUCGUCAAGCUCAACAUCUCGCAGGAAGAAUGCUGCCACAAGCAAGGGCCGACGAUCUCGUGGUCGAGCCAGGACCUCGACUUGGGUAACCUCAUGAGGAAAUUGUUUACAUCUAGAAUUUCAUUGUCUGAGUGUAUCCCGUGCCGAGGUGAGUCCGUAAGUGACACAUGCGAAGAGCUGCAGUGUCGUGAUGACCAGAAAUGCAUAUUGGACUCGAACAACCGGACCCGCUGCAUCUGCCAGCCGCGGUGCGAUGACAUUCAGUACGACGGACCGGUUUGCGGAACGGAUAACUUCCAGUACCGAUCAAUUUGCGAUCUCCGCACCGAACGGUGUCACCGGUCCAGCGAGGUCGAAGUGGCGUACUACGGACGAUGCCAGAGAUCCUGCGACGGAGUGACGUGUCCGCGAGGACGCCGUUGCGUCGAAGACCAGACGGGGCGACCUCACUGCGUUCUCUGCUGGGCGGUGUGUAGCUAUCCCAUCGGCGAUCUCGAUUACGCGUGCGGUCGUGACCAGAUCACCUACGAAUCGCGGUGCCAUCUCCGACUUAGCUCCUGCCUCAUGGGGAGAGCCGUGGGCAUCGCUCACAGAGGAAGAUGCGAAAAUUUCACGACGUGUGCUGCGUUGAGCUGUGUUCGCGGCAAGCAGUGUGUAAUGGAUUACAUGGAAGAGGAACCACGCUGUGUCUUGUGUAACAUCACCUGUCCAGAAAGGUGGCUCACCGGUCCCGUCUGCGGGAGUGACGGCGUUACGUAUCCCACACAGUGUCAUCUUCACAACCACAUGUGUGCAAACAGUACCUACGUUUUCGUGGACAGACGCAGCCCGUGCAACGUGGAAAACACAAACAGCAUCGAGGAAACCGGGUCAAUCGACCACACAACAUUCCUCGACAUCGUCGAGCCAAUAGCCGUCCCACUCGGUCAGGUCAACGAAACAGAACGAUCGGCGUUGCUUCAGCGAUCGAAUGCGAUAUUGCGAAUCGACAACGAUUUGGACGCUACGACGGAGAUAAUCGAAGUCGGAACGACGAUCGUAACUGAGAUCGAAGAUGUUCAGGAUCCGUUGGUUGUGACUGACGGAGAUGGCCGCGACGGUGAAGGCAGCUCGAAUAAGAGGCAGGCCGAUCCUGCUCCAGCUGGUAGCGACGACGCAUAGAGACUUGGAAUGACAAAAUUACAAUAAUGAACAGAAACCUGCUAAUUAAUGAGCAUGGGUAAAAGCUGCAACGCAUGAAUAUAGAAGACUUGCAACGCUCUCUUCAGUUGUCUUUUCAGUUGAAUUUAAGUUUAAUGAUGAAAAUAAUAUGUCAUAUUUAUAACGCGCCUAAGUCUUUGUUUUUAGGCAAUUUAUGUUUUUAUCUGUCAAAUAAUAUUUCGCUUUAUUAUCUUAUUAUUAUUAUUGUUGUUAUUACAAUUAUCAUUAUUCGCUUUGAUAUUAGCAAGGGGUCGUCUUUUUAUAGUUGUUUCACAGCUUUAUUUUACUUUAUAAGUCUUUCCUAGUCAAUAUAUUUAUAAUAUCUCUCUGAUAUAUAAUAAAAAACAUCUCUACUUCUAAAUUUUGUUCGUUCAAGCAUGCAGUAUACUUUUUGGGGGGUUUAUUUCUUUAAUCGAUUUCAAGUUUUCUGAAAUAAUUAUUGGACAAUGUUCUAAUCGUUUCUACCUUUUUAUCUUUAAUACUAAUUUCAAGAAUCCUUAUCACCUAAAUUCUUUUCUUAAAAAUGUCACCCAACAUUGUUUUUUUUUAUCUGCUGAUAGAAUUGUACAUAAUUGUGAAAUAUAAAUUUUUGUUUUGCUGCAUCUUCAUUGUAGAUAUAUGCAUUUGGAUUUGAUAUUGAUUUUGCUGUGUAUUUAACAUACAUUGGGUGCUCCUCGAAAAGGUUAUUUAGGUUUUUCGUAAAUAAAUGUUGGUUUUUUCAAUAAUCGCAAUAGUGUGUUCCAUACUGAUCAUAUAUAUUUCAUCAGUGAAGUGUUAUACAUCAAGGACUUGAAAGUUGCUGUGAAAAUUCACUCUUACUGAUUUCAGAGUUAGAUUCGUAUUCUAAGAUUGAAUUCUCUCAACAUAUGUUCGGAGAAAAAUGUAAAUGGCAUUUUAACAAGGUAUUUUUCAUGUUUUGGCGUUGAUAAAAAAAAAUCCCAACAAGACGACCAAUGACGUCGUCCAAGGACUACGUCACAAAAGGAAAUGUCACAAAAAUAUAAUAUCUAUCAAUAGGCAACGUUUCAUAGCUCGAAGAAGAAAUACAUUUUUCAGAAAUUCACUGGCGCCCUCUAUCGUGACUGAGUAGUAAUUAAUCACUUUAUUGACAUUCAAAUCGUUCAAACAAAGGAAUAAAAUAUAUACACACAUAGAAGGAGCGCCCAGGACAUAUCUGAGUAACAGAACAAGCAGGGCAUACAUAAAUAACAUAGAUUACAUUAACAUAAUAGCAUACACAAUACCUCACUAUAAUUACUCCGAAUCAAAAUAUUAAAGCAAGCAUCGAAGAAGAAAUACAUUUUUCAGAAAUUCACUGGCGCCCUCUAUCAUUAUUUCAUUGCCUGUGUCCGACUAUUUUUGUUUAUUAAAGCAAAUAAAACUACGUGUAUU